GUCUGUCGCUCUUGAGCCCUCCCCUUGCCCCAAGCUGGCUCGGAUGUGGGGCGGGAGGGGGAGGAUGCUGAGGCCGAGAUCCAAAGGAGGAGCAGCCGCCGGGAGAGAGACAGAGACCGGGACAGACUGAGACACGGGCUCCAGAACGUCUCUGCCCAUGUGGACCCUGGCGGUGGUAUUUCUAAUCGGGGCUUUCCCAGGAGCAGGUAUCUAUGGGGGAGAGCCCUCAAACAGUGCCAGAGGCAUGGAGGUAGACCUACGAGCCCCCUUUCAUUCAGGGAUCAAUGCUGCACUGGUGCGACCCCGAGCGCGUGUUAAACGUUGUACCUGUUACUCGUACAAGGACAAAGAGUGUGUGUACUACUGCCACCUAGAUGUCAUCUGGAUGAACACCCCGGAACGAAUUGUACCAUAUGGAUUAACGAAUGUGCAAAGACAUAAACGUUCGGACAAAGUGGAGACAAGUGUGUCGCUGAUGGUUCCAAGAGCUCGAUGUAUCUGCACAGUGGAAACUGAUUGGCAGUGCAGCCAAUUUUGUCAACAGAAUGAGCGAUGUAGAGGAAGAAAAUUCUGUGGCUUUUCAGACCUGGAUGGAUCAGAGUGAAUACGAUUCUUCACCAUCCCUAUGAUGAUGCCAGUUUGAGCGAGCAACUUUUAAUGAGGAAACAUUACAUGAGUCCAUUGAAGAUAUGAUGGAAGUUCCAGGAUUUUAUGUGGUCAUAAUGAACUGUCAAUCAACAUCUCAUCCAUGGAAUCCAUUUAUACUUCUCUUUGCCCACAGAAAGGCAGCCAACAUCGUCAAAGACCCCUCCCACCCGGGUUAUAUUCUCUUCCAAGCUCUUCCAUCAAGCAGAAGAUACAGAAGCUUAAACACACAACCACAGGUUCAAGAACAGCUCCUUCCCUGCUGUUAACAGGCUGCUGAAUGGACCUCUCUAAUAUCAAAUCUAAUGUUGACCUUGCUUUUUGUGAACCACCUAUGCAGCCACAACCUUGUAUCGCUCUGCGAUGAGGGAGGAGGUGUGGGGGCAAGUGUAGCAUUUCCUGCGGUCUAUGAUCUGUAUGUCCUUGUAUGUUAUGAAGUGCCUGCCUGCACUGCAUGAAAAACAAAACUUUUCUCUGUACCUAGUUACAUGUGGCAACAAUAAAUCAAAUCAAAUCAAA